UCUGCGCGCAGGGGGUGGGAGUAUCGCGGCCCCCUGAGGACCCAGGGAAAACCGGGCGUCUGCGGGCGGAGACUAGCGCUGGGGGCCGCCCCGCGCGGCCGUGGGGCGAGAGACGGGGUGGAGUCGCUGCCUCAGGCAGCCGAGUAGCUCCACCUGUUGCAGUGUCGGAGCGCGUCGGCCAGGCAAGGCAAAGACCUCUGUUCCCCGAGCCGCUCUGCAAGACAGGGCCGCGGCGAGGAGGGAAGCUGGGGACAGUCCCAGCGGAGGGGCGCUCCCCGGAAGCCGCUCUGCCCGCCGGAAGCCGCGCAGCGUGGGGGCCGGGAGGGAGGUCGAAACCUGCCAACGCCGCUCUGCACAGUCGCUCUGACGGUGCGCCCGCCGGGCACCUGCUCCAGCCGCCAAGCCCCGGCAGCCAGGCCGGUGACCCCAGGGGCCUGAGGCUUUGCGCGACGCCGCGACUAGGACUCAGCACCGCGGAUUUACUUGGGCAGGCACCGCAAAGCCAGCCGAUUGAGACCCCGCGUCCUAGCCGUCGACGGCUUGGGAAGCGAUGGUCAAAGAGACGGCGUCCACGAGGCUCUGCUUACCCGCCAGCCACCGAGGGCCCCCGAUCUUGGCUCUGGGGGAAAGUCAAGUCCACGGGAGUUUGCCUUGAAGACGCCCCACGCCCGCUCAACCAAUCUGACCCGGACAGGGCGCCGGGGUGGAGACAGCGUCCGCAUCCUCCUGCCCAGCAGAAGCGGACUCUGCGCCCUGUCACUUGGACCUUCAGCGUUAGAACUCCAAGGCGGGCGGAGCCGUCUGCGAAAAAGCGAUCUGAAACCAGGAAUCAAGGCGGACGUGGAUUGUUAGCUCCGCAGGAGCGGUCGAGGCCGCGGCCCGCGGAGCCGCGCGGCCCGGGGUAGCACCCGGUGGCCAUGGGCCAGCAGGCCGUCGGGCGUCCCGGGGCGGGCUGAACGCCCGGCCGAGCCCCGAUCUCCCGGGGGGCCUGGGCAAGAGUCCGCCCGCGGUCACGGCCGUCCGGCACCGUGCUGACCCCGGGGGCCGGGCCAUGGCCGGCCGGGGUUGCGGCUGCGGCUCGGGCCACCUGAACGAGGACAACGCGCGCUUCCUGCUGCUCGCCGCGCUCAUCGUGCUCUACCUGCUGGGCGGCGCCGCGGUGUUCUCCGCGCUGGAGUUGGCGCACGAGCUCCAGGCCAAGCAGCGCUGGGAGGAGCGCCUGGCCAACUUCAGCCGCCGCCACAAUCUGAGCCGCGACGAGCUACGCGGCUUCCUCCGCCACUACGAGGAGGCCGCCAAGGCCGGCAUCCGCGUGGACAACACCCGCCAGCGCUGGGACUUCACCGGCGCCUUCUACUUCGUGGGCACCGUCGUGUCCACCAUAGGGUUUGGGAUGACGACUCCAGCGACAGUAGGAGGGAAAACCUUUCUGAUCUUGUAUGGCCUCAUUGGGUGCGCAAGCACCAUCUUGUUCUUCAACCUCUUCCUGGAGCGCCUGAUCACUGUCAUCGCCUACAUCAUGAAGUCGUGCCACCAGCAGCAGCUCCGGAGCCAAAGGGCCCUGCCCCAGGAGGGCCUGAAGAACCUGGGGAAGCGUGAGGCGGACGGCCUGGCUGGCUGGAAGCCCUCCGUGUACUAUGUCAUGCUGAUCUUGUGUGUGGCCUCAGUUCUUAUCUCCUGCUGCGCAUCGGCCAUGUACACCUCCAUCGAGGGGUGGAGCUACUUCGACUCGCUCUACUUCUGCUUUGUGGCUUUCAGCACCAUCGGCUUCGGGGACCUGGUCAGCAGCCAGAACUCCCAGUAUAAGAGCCAAGGCCUCUACCGCUUUGCCAACUUUGCCUUCAUCCUCAUGGGUGUCUGCUGCAUCUACUCCUUGUUCAACGUCAUCUCCAUCCUCAUCAAACAGUCCAUGAACUGGAUCCUGAGGAAAAUGGAUGGCGGGUGCUGCCAGCAGUGCCAAAGUGGACUCUCGCGGUCACGGAGGAAUGUGAUAAUGCCGGGCAAUGUCCAGAACCGGUGCAACAUCUCCAUAGAAACGGAUGGGGUGAUGGACAGCGACACGGAUGGACGACGUCCCUCAGGGGAGAUGAUCUCCAUGAAGGACUUCUUGGCCGCCAACAAGGUCUCGCUGGCCAUCCUACAGAAGCAGCUGUCUGAGACAGCCAAUGGCUGCCCCCACCAGACCAGCACGCUGUCUCGGGACAAUGAAUUCUCAGGGGGGGUAGGAGCCUUUGCGAUAAUGAACAAUAGGCUGGCAGAGACCAGUGGGGACAGGUAGGAGUGAGGAGUGGACGCUGGGCAUGGAGGCGGAGGGGAGAGAGGCCACCAAGGGGACUGUUAUCCAGCUCAGCUCUGCCUGUGGAUGGGUUCAUUCAGGAGAUGUUCCUUCUAGCUUCCUCAAGCACAGCUUUAGAAAUCUCAUCAUUGGGCUCCAACAAACAGGCAGCUUUCAGGCUGUGGGAACUUGAAGCCUCAAUGCCUUUCUCAGUAUCUUUAUUCUUUUAACUUUAAAUUCAAUCUUUUCAAAACAAAUCACGGAAGCAGCCUAAGACAUUGCACUGUUUCUUUACUCACCCUGCUCCAGGUUUCUUAAUUGCCUAAGGGAGGGGGUUUUCAGCAAGCCUUGAUUUCCUGCUGCUCUGUUCUUCAUUGGGAAAUAAAAAUCCUGAAGAUCCUAAUUUCCCCCUGGAACUCUGAAUUCACCACCUUUGCCAACCCUUUCAAAAAAACAGGGGAACAUGUUUGAAAAUAUGUCUGGGCUCUGGGCUGCCUUCAGAGCAGAUUUGCCAUGGCACCCUGGCUGAGAAAACCAUCUGUUCUACUCUUCAUACCUGCCUCUCUACAUUUUGUUUUUCCUUUCUUUUGUUUUUAAGAUCUUAAUGCUUAGCUAAGAUGUCUGUGGGACCUCAGUGUGACAAGAAAACUAAAUUCAGCUGCAGGCCUUUAAAACUGCAACAAAGUGGUGGGGGAGACUCACCUUUGAAACUAAAGAAUAUAGCUUAACAUUUUCCCUUUGAGUGGUCACAGAGUCCAUGUCAUUUUUACCAGGGCUUGGGGCCCAUUGCAAAGACAAUGGCUGAUUAUUUAUUAGAACUGAAAGUUGAAUGAAUUCUCAUUUUAUUAACGAAGAGUACAUGAGUGCUCAUUGUGGAUAGUGGGGGUGGGGUGCCUUAUUAAACACGUAUUUAUUACGCUCAGAGAAAAAGGAAAUUAACCUGCUUCAAGAUGAGCAUCAUCUUGGGUUCAUGGCUGGAGAAACAUUCUAGGCCAGAAAAUGAAAUUUAGCUUUUCUUGUCUAAUCAGUUUUGGUUCUGCCUUCUGGGAUUAUAACACCUCUAGUUACAUAAACUCCCAGGUAGUUAAAGCAUCCAUGCAAGGGCUAUUGGUCUUCUUCGUAUAUACAGGAGAGAACAUUUUGGGGAUGAGAGAAGAGUUAAAAAGAAAUGGCUGUUGGUUUUCUAUGGUAAGAGUGGUGUACACACAGCACUAUCAGAAAUUAUGGGGAAAGACAGGUGCGAUAAAGAAGAUAAAGGAGAAAAUCUAUGCCAAAUGAAACUGAAAUGUUGAGCAGGAAGCAUCAGAGAUGGGAGGACCCUUAGGAACCAUCCCAUUGAACCACCUUGUUUUUUACCCAAGGAAACAAAAACAUGGAGGGAUUGCUCUUUGUCUGAGCUCUCAGGGCUGAUUGGUGUACAGCUAGGAGAAUCCAAGUGUCCAUAUGGAGAAGUCGGGCUCUUCAUCCCAGCCCCACACCACCACAGAGCCCUCCCCCAACAGUUGCCUUUUCUUUCAGGUGACAAACCCAAGUAUUUUUUUUACAAUGCCAGAAGUGCCUGACAGCAGAAGUGUCUUAAGUAGCAGCCCUGGGCUUUGAACUUAUGGCUCUGCAGCUCCAAAGUCAGAGACCUUCAACCAUAGAAGGAACAACUCUUUUAUACAGAAGAAUUCCAAUGAAUAUAAACACAGAAGGAAUUAGGGAACUAGAGAAUUACCAUGAGAACGUCAAAGUGACAAUUGCUGUAGGAAAGAUCCACUGAUGGAUGCUAAAAUUAGUGAUGUAAAAGUUGAAGCAGAAUCAGGAUAUUUGUAGUCUCAAAGGAACUUCACCAAAAUAUUUAGUAAUCACAAAGAGAAAAAUGGUAACUUCCCGUGAGGUAACGUCACCAGUAGUACAUACCAGCAUCAUGUGACACCUGAAAUGAUGCACAGAGAAGCGUAUAGCAUCUCAGUGGCAUCCUCCCCAAUAACACAUGACUUCAGUCUAAUCAUAAGAAAACAACAGACAGACAUAAAGGAAAGGACAUAACUACAAAAUCACUGAGUAUCCUUUAAAAGCCUCAGGCUCAUGAAAGACAAGAAGAUUGAUGAACUAUUAUAGAUUGAAGGAGACUAAGGAGGCAUGACAACUAAAUGCAACGUGGGAUCCUGGAUUGGAUCUUGGCACAUAAAAAGAACAUUAGUGGGAAAACUGGAGUGAAAUCCAGUAACUUUUGUAGUCUAGUUAACAGUCAUGUACUAAUGUUAAAUUCUUAGUUGUGAUGAUUUCUCUAUGGUUAUGUAAGGUGUUAACAUAAGGGGAAGUUGGGUAAAAGUAAAUGCGAACUCUGUACUAUUUUUACAACUGAACUCUAAGUCUAAAAUUAAUCUUAAAGUAAAAAAUGAAAAAA